AUGCUACCCGACACAGACAGCCAUGAAGACGUGACUGAUCACCCGCAGUUCGCUUCAACGCGAAGUGGUACGUCUAGUUUACAAUCUUCGCUUACAAAAAGAGCCAACUCAACCAGAAGAAGUUUGAAGGAAUUGAGUGAAGGAGUACAGCAACGGUUUCAACCGAUUACUCACGGAAGAUCAUUGCAAAGGAUCACAGAGGAUGAAUCGCCUUCCACACCCACUGCUCCACCACGUCCCAAUCGACAAAUAUAUCGCAACUCAAUAGAUCAAUCAAGUAUGAGUGGCGAAAGAGUUCUGAAGCAUCACGCGUCAGAAGAGGUGGUAUCAGAAGGACAGAGAUCUAAUUGGAGUCAAUCUGUGGAGAGAAUAGAGAAUGCUCUUCAUAGGAAUUACUACACUAUUGCUUAUUCUAUUGUUAUUGUGGCGUAUCUUGCCGGAUUCACUGAAUACUUAUACUUUCGACUGACGUCUUUAAUCGUUCCUGAACAUCUUGUGUUUCAUCCACCGUGUGAAGGAAAAGCGACACGGAAAAUCGGAAAAGAUGGAUUUCAUUACGGAGUCUCCAUCUGCGCAUUCAUCGGAAUCGCCAUAUUCCAGCUUAUGUGCUUUUUUGGAUUGACUAUUUCUGAAAAAUGGACUCAAUCUAAAGAGAAUCCGCGAGAAAGUCGGCAAGCAGCUCAACGGGAAGAGUUCGCUUUUUUUGUCAGAACAAUGAUUUCCUCUACAAUGUAUCGAGUCUUUUUGUGUUAUGGAAUUUGCUCUCUGAUCAACUGUGCCAUUAUUUUCUACAUGGUUGGCAUUCAAGAUUCACUCGGUGACGUCGUUAGCACUAUAUUUCUUUACGUCUUCGAUGCAGUUGUGAUUCUUUAUUUCAUUGCUUUCCCGUUAACUACAGUAAUCUAUCAUCCCUAUGUAAAUUGUUUCAAUCAGAGAAGAGGAACUCCUGCUCGUUUUACAAUCCCAGAUACUGGAUCAAGAACUCAAACAUCUACACUAGAGAGUAAUAUCAGUGGUUUGGAAGAAGCCAUGGCGAAACCAGAGCCUCCUGUCCAUCGUAGCAGUCCACCAGCAAUCCCAUCUCUCAACUUUUCUCGGCAUGAUCCUCGCCGUCAAGGACAUCGAUCAACUGGAUCUAUAUCAACAGAUAUCCCAGUUUUAGAAGAAUAUCUCCACUCACCACGUCGUCAACUUCCGAAGCCAACACUUGCCGUAGAAGAGAAUCUGGAAGAUGAACGUAUCACAACCUUUGUUUAA